AUGAGCAAGCAGACAUACAACGUCGUCGUUCUCCCCGGUGACGGUAUCGGUCCCGAGGUUGUCGAGCAGGCCACUCGGGUGCUCAACCUCGUUUCGGAGAAGAGCAAUUUCUUCUCGAUCAACCUCAAGUCGUACGACUUUGGUGGUGCUGCCAUCGACUCGGCUGGCAAGCCUCUGCCCGAUGACACCCUCGAAGCUUGCAAGAAUGCCGACGCUAUUCUCAUGGGCUCCGUCGGUGGUCCCAAAUGGGGAGUCGGCAAAGUGCGACCAGAACAAGGGCUUCUUGCUCUUCGCAAAGAGCUCGACCUCUACGCCAAUAUCCGUCCCUGCCUCUUCCCUUCCGAAUCCCUCCUCUCUCACUCCCCCCUCAAGCCUGAAGUCGCAAAGGGAGUUUCCUUCAUCGUCGUCCGCGAGCUAGUCAAAGGUCUCUACUUCGGUGAUCGUCAAGAAGCCAACCUCGACGACCCCUCAUCCGAUGGCGCAGCAUACGACACAAUGGUUUACAACAAAUUCGACGUUCAACGAAUCACCAAACUCGCCUCUUACCUCGCUCUCCAAUCCAAUCCACCUGCACCUCUCCACUCCAUCGACAAAGCCAACGUUCUCGCCACCUCCCGUCUUUGGCGUAAGGUUGUCCAAGACACAGUCGACACCGAGUUCGCUGAUAAGGGUAUCACCGUAGACCACUCGCUCGUCGACUCUGCGUCGAUGGUGAUGGUUUCUAACCCACGCAAGCUGAAUGGUAUUGUGUUGACGGAGAACAUGUUCGGUGACAUUCUCUCCGAUGAAUCUUCUGUUAUUCCUGGUGCACUUGGCUUGCUCCCCUCCGCCUCGCUUUCAGGACUCCCAGAUGGAAACGGAAAGUGCAACGGUCUGUAUGAGCCCAUUCACGGUUCUGCACCUGAUAUUGCGGGUAAGGGUAUUGCUAACCCUGUCGGAACCAUUUUGUCAGCUGCUAUGCUGCUCCGGUACUCGCUCAACCAGGGUGAGAUCGCUGAUAAGGUCGAGGCUGCAGUUAGGAAGGUGUUGGAUGCAAAGGAUAUUGAUGGUCUCGAGUUGAGGACUGCUGAUUUGGGCGGUAAGCAUGGAUCGAAGGACGUUGGUGAUCAGGUGGUGGCUGUUCUCGAGACUCUUCUCUAA